AUGGUGUUGAGCCUCGGCAACACUGUAGCAGACUUCAACUUGUCUGUUCCUCACAACUCAAUCCCAGUCCAGCUGGGUUCCUCUGCCACUCUGCCCUGCCAGAUCUCUCCUCCCCUUAAUGCUGUGCAGUACGGAGUGAGCUGGUACCGACCCGAUAAGACUAAAACUUUGGUUCUGCGCUACGAGAACCAGCAGGUUCAGGAGAGGUCUGCAGACCCUCAGUACAGAGGCAGAGCAUCUCUGAUAGGGGACCUGGAGAAGGGAGACGUGACCCUGGAACUGGAGAACCUCACGCUGGCAGACAGGGGAGAAUACACAUGCUUUGUUGAGAGUGACAUCUGGUAUGAAAGAGCCAAUGUGUCGCUGAUCAUGAGAGGUUCGGUCCCAGUACUUUCAUAUACUGAAGUGAGGAAAACACAGUUAAAUGUUACCUGCGUGUCAGGUGGUUGGUCUCCUCAACCAACAGUCACCUGGAGAGACAGACAAGGAAGAGAAAUCAAUGACAACCCAGUCUGUGAAUACACAACAGAUGCUGAGGGUCUGGUGAGUGUGGGUUCAUGGCUGCUGGUCUCUCCAUCUCAGUCAGAGUGGAUCUCUUGCUCAGUUUAUCUGUCUGAUCAGGAAAUGACACUGGGCAGGGUGUUACCCCAGAUGACCGUAACACAGACAGAUAGGCCUACCGUUGAUUGUUCUCUGCAGAUGGAUGGAGAGCUGCCUUCAUAA